CUUGAGUGAUGCAUACUAGGAGUCAACUAUGCCUAAAAAAUUAUUUGGUUUGUUCUAACUCCUGAAAAGAGAUAUUGGAUACUGGAUAUUAGACCCUCACAUUUCGAAACCAAUGCCACCUUUAAGAGUAAGUGUUUGGUGCUCGUCUAAGAUGAACUUCAGGUGUUAUGUCUACAUGGAUACAGACAAAAUUCGGAUGUUUUUAGGGAAAAAACCGGUGGAUUUAGGAAAUCACUGAAGAAAUAUUGUGAAUUCAAAUUUUUGUCUGCCCCAAAUGUUAUCAAUGAUUGUUCCAAUGGUUAGUCUGUGGUCCAUUAAUCAGGAACUUGCUUCCAAAAGGUUGUGCUUGGUGGUUUUCUAAACAUAUGGAAUUUUCAGCCCAAGAAAGUAGUUCAUCUGAUGCAGGCUUUUGCGAAUCCCUAGCAGCCGUCAAAAAAUAUAUUGAAGAACAGGUUCGAGAUAUCUGUACAUUCAUUUAUCUCAGGGUCCAUUCGAUGGGAUGGUUGGUUUCAGUCAAGGUGCAGCAUUUUUGCUUAUACUUCAAAUUAUGAUGGAGCAUAGAUUAAACGAUUUUGCAGAUUGCAGCAUAGAACCAAUCAAAUUUACGAUAUUGGUCGCACCUUUCAUCAGUCGUUGUUUGCCUCACCAAGCUAUUUAUGUCCACAAAACAUCAAUACGAAGUUUGAUCAUUUAUGGUGAAGCAGAUUCCGUUAUCCCCCGAGAAAUGUCUGAGGAAGCACUGGGUGUAUUCUUAUCUGAACCAAAAGUAUUCGUACAUGAUGGUGGUCAUUACAUUCCAACAAAUACUGCUGCAAAGAAAAUAUAUUCUGAUAUUGUUUCAGAAUUUAUAGAAAAAUAGCUGCAAAUUGUACAACUGAGUUCCCAUCAUCCUGCAUCUGAAAACUCAUUCUCUAUACAUUGAUUUUUAUAACACUGUAACAACUUACUGUAAAUCUAAAUGAAUGAUUAUUAGCGG